CGCCUCACCCAAAUUACAACAGCAAAAUCCGCAAAAAUUUCCUUUGUAAGAACAAUCUACCAACGCACACAUACAGGGAUCGAAGUUAGCAGAGGAGAUCUGCCAGACUGCUGUUCAUUCCCCCCCCCCACAGAUCUCCUCUUGUCCGAUCCGAUUGGAAUCCGCCUCCUUUUAUAACUUGGGAUUGUUUUCAACAACAUUUUCCUCCUACAGCAAUUCGUAAUUCUUUCAUUUUUUGGACGGUUAUCAUGAUUUUCGGUUUCCUUUUCUGCUAAUUUAGUCUCGCAGUGUUUGGUUUAGAUUCAUUGUAUUCCGCUCGGGGUGAUUGGUUUGAUUCCUUUUGUGGGGUUGUGUUUUUAUACCCGGUAAUGGUGUCGUCAUAAGGAUUUUAGGCUUCUUUGUGAUUGUUUGCUUGAGCUGGGGAUUGUUGUUUUGAUGGCUUCGGCUCAGGUUUUGCCCAAUUCUAUGGCUUCGACUCGGAAAUUAGAGCAUUUGGAAGCAGGGAAGCGUCGGUUAGAGGAGUUCAGAAAGAAAAAGGCAGCAGAACGAGUCAAGAAAGCCGCACCACCAAGCCAAAACCACAUUUCAGCUGGUGGUUCCCAGGAACAGAAACCUUUAGAAUCUGAACAUGCUCAACGAAUUACAGAUUCUGAUGGAGCUACGACAACGAAUGGAGCUGGCAGAUCUGCUAUUGAAUCAUCCUCUGUGGUAGUCAAAGAUGACAGAAAUAAAAAUAGCUUUUCUCAGAAUAUUGAUCAACAUGUCUUGAAUGAAAGACAUGCGGACUAUCCUUUUACAAGAAAUGGGGAUGGAGCCUUUUCUGCUAAACCGGUGAAGCAACCAUCAAAUGGUCAAGGGCUCUCUGGAACCACACAUGGUAUUAGUGGAAACAAAAUAUUAGAAAUAAAUAAGGAUUCCGGAGUAAGCAGUGGCUCCCAGGCUAGAAUUCCGUUUGGGAGUGCAUCUGGCAUUGGGCAACACGCAAGUAAAGAGACCGAUAAUAUUUUUGGUCAGUCUGCUCUCCGUGAGGUGGAUGGACCACUCAAUAGAAGAGAUGGUCAAGAAAAUUCUAUACUUAAGAGCUCUGGUCCUUUGCAUAAGUUUUCUGCAAACAUUUCUCCACAGAAUACUAUCGGAAAUUUACAAUAUACAGAUUCCAGUAGUAACAAUAUUUUGGCUAGUGGACAUUCUUUCACGUCAUCUAAUGAUGGCUUCUUUAAUAGUACAAGUAGAAAAGGAUAUAGUUCCCAAAAAGUUGGGGAAAAUGUGCACAGAACUUCAGAAUUCAUUGGAGAGCAGACAUCUGAUCUUGGACAACUAAAGCCCUUUGAUGUAACUGAUUUUACUAGAAUCAAGCCUUCAAACAUGCAGUCAUCUGAAUCUGCUGGUUCUAAUACUGACUCGAGAAGCCCCUCCAUCUAUGAACCGUCAUAUACAACAUCAUCUGAAAAUAGUUUUAGGAGGUCUCGCUCAUUGUUUCUUGAUUCUCUUACUGUACCCAAGGCUCCUUCAGGGAGUUUUCUUGGGCUUGCUGAACAUGAUAAGGGAUCUAGAAUAUCUGAUGGGUUUAAAGCAAAUGAAAAAGAGGCCACAAUAUCCUUCUCUUUUCAGAAUCUUAUCAAAUCUGAUGGGUUCAGAACAAACGAACGCGAUGGCUCAGAGUCAUUGCCUUUUCAGAAGCCAUUAAUGGAUAUGAAAACAGCAGGAACAUCCUCAAAAUUUUCCUCUCAAAACACUCCAGUAUCAUAUAGCGAUUCCUUUCCUCCUCCAGUUUUUGUUGCUAAGGGUGUGGACCAGCCAAUUGUAGGGAUAGAGGAGGAUAGUAUGCUGGAGAAGAAACACGAGCUUUAUUCAUCCAAGAAAUAUGAAGAUUUUGCUGCUUUGGAGCAGCACAUUGAAGAUUUGACACAAGAGAAAUUCUCAUUACAAAAAGCUGUGGAGGCUUCAAGGGCUUUAGCAGAGUCCUUAGCUGCUGAAAAUUCAUCUCUUACAGAUAGCUAUAAUCAACAGAGAAGUGUUGUCAACCAACUAAAAUCUGAUAUGGAGAUGUUACAAGAGGAAAUGAAGACGCAAAUGGUUGAACUGGAAUCUAUCAAACUUGAGUAUGCAAAUGUACAACUAGAGUGUAAUGCAGCUGAUGAACGUGCCAAGCUGAUAGCUUCUGAAGUAAUUGGUCUUGAAGAUAAGGCCUUAAGACUAAGGUCUAAUGAGUUAAAGCUGGAGAGGCAAUUGGAGAACUUAGAAGCUGAAAUCUCUUCAUACAAGAAGAAAAUGUCUAUCAUGGAGAAAGAACGUCAAGAUUUUCAGUCAACUAUUGAUGCUCUUCAGGAAGAGAAGAAGCUGCUGCAGUCGAAGUAUCGCAAAGCUUCUACAAGUGGAAAGUCUAUUGAUAUUAGCAAUACUUCUAAUAGAAAAGACAUGGCGACAUCUACAGAAGAGUUAGAUACUACUCCUGGUACUUCUAACCAUGAAGUAAAAGAUGGAGCAUCUUUUACUGAAGAUGAUACCUCCGGAGUUCCCAUGCUGCUUGAAAAUGCUACUACUGAAGUUUCAUCAGUCAUUAUCCCUCCCGAUCACAUGAGGACGGUUCAAAACAUCAAUGCUCUAAUGGCUGAGUUAGCUUUAGAGAAAGAGGAGUUAACACAAGCUUUGGCAUCUGAGUUAACUGGCAAUUCUAGGUUGAAGGAGUUGAACAAAGAGCUCACUAGGAAACUAGAAGCACAAACUCAAAGAUUAGAGCUUUUGACUGCUCAAAGUAUGGCUGGUGAGAUUGUUCCUGUGAGUCAUCUUGAUUCUCGCGCAGUGCAUCAUGAACCUGAAAAUAUCGUACUUGCAGAUGAAGGCGAUGAGGUGGUGGAGAGAGUCUUGGGAUGGAUUAUGAAGCUCUUUCCAAGUGGCUCAUCGCGCCGAAGAACCAGCAAGCUUCUUUGAGAUUGUGGGGGGUGAUUCAUUGACAAUGGAAGGCCAAUGCUUGAAGCUUCCAUUGUUCUUUGAUCCUUCAAGUUGCUAGGUAAUACAUUGGAGAUCAUAAGUUGUACAUUUCGUGUCGGUUUUUUAAUUCUCUUUUACAUCAAAGAAGCAGGCUACCCUUGACCUUUUGAGGCCAUCCAAAUUGUUAUUUCUUCAAGGAAGAUGGAAAAGGAGCUUCACAAAUUUUGGUGGAAGUGUUACUUCGUAUACACUUAGACAGGAAAGGAAAUAGGGUUUUGAGUUGUAAUGUUUGUUUUUUGUUCUGCACUUCAACGUUAUCACGAUGGUUACGGGAUUGAGUUGAGCCCUAUGAUGAAAAUUACCACAUUGUUUUUCAA